AGGUGGCGCGUUGCGCUCAACGGUUCUCAGUUCUCGGUUCUCUGUUCCAUUUGCUCGUUUACGUUCUCGAUCAGCCUCGUUCUCCGCGACGAACAGCUGGUUGCGUCUGUUUUGGUUUGCCGUGUGCGAUCCGAUCAGCAUAUAAAGUCCGCGAUAUCGGUCAAGUUCAGCCGACUGACUCCCUCCUCGGCUGCCAAAGCAUAAUUCACUUUUAUUCUCGUGAACUAUUCGAUCCAAUUGAAUUUCAACACUUUACAGAACUACAGCCAUACACUAUACAGAUCCCCAGCCAGUUGCGAUCGCUUUUGUUUGAAAAGAAUUUGUCACAGUGCCAAAAGAUGAACAGCUCUGCGAUGGAAGUGGCCGUGACCCAUCACAAGGAGCAGGCUAGCGUGGGCAGCCUGCUGGGACGCCGCUAUGCUGAGCUUCUGCACGGGGAGAAAUACACGGACUGCUUGUUCCACGUCUGCGAGGAGCAGUUGAAGUGCCACAAACUGAUCCUGAGUGCCGCCAGUCCCGUCUUUGAGGCCAUGUUCUUCGGACCGAUGCAGGAGAGCGAGCCGCAGAUCGAGAUACACGACAUCAGUGCGGCCAUCUUCAAGGUCCUGCUCGAGUGCAUAUACACGGGCAGCGUGGACUUCAACAGCCUGGAGCUGGUGGCGUGUAUUGAGCUCUACUACGCGGCGGAGAAGUAUCUGCUGGACGAGCUGAUAGCCGACUCGCUGGUGGCCAUCACCAGGAAGCUGCGCUUCUCCAACAUUCUGCCCGCCCUGGAGCUGAGUGUGUGCAUGGGCCUGGACAGUCUGCUGGAGGUCUGCAUGACCUUCUUUAUGCGCUGCUGCGUGAACAAUGCCCAGUACAUGACCCAUCUGAAGGAGCACUAUGUCCACGUGUCCAAGGAGUGCGUCAAAACGAUCAUUGCCGCCUGCAAGGAGCCGCACAAGCUGCUCAUUUGGUACGUCUACGAAUGGACCCAGCAGGAGUGUGAGCAACUGGGCCUGGGACCCAGCGAUGCGGACUUGGUGGUCCAUUGCCUGGGGCCGGAGGCCAACUCGUGGCCAGUGAAUGUGAAUGCUUCCGAAGAGGCGCAAUCUCCGGCUCCGGCUCCCAUUGUCUCCGUGGAGCGCUGCUACUACAAGGCCUGUCGACCGUUCACAGUCGAUGCAGAGUCUCCCUUAUGGCGUCUCCGACUCAGGAGCCCCCGCUUCAUCUCGCUCCUGGGAGUGGUCAUCAACAGUCGCCUGCCCCCCAACCUGACCGGCAACUUUGGUCACGUUCAGGUUCAAAUGCCGCUGGAGUACCGCGAGUCCCUGCGCCUGGACCUGUACGAGCUGCCGGCCGACGGCGAGGACGCCCCCAGCAAUCCCGUGUGGAGUCAUGUCAUUCAAAAUCAGAGCACGAAAUACAAUUGCGACUUGCACCUCAGCUGGCGGCGCGAGGAGGCGUGUGUACUUACCCCGGAGCUGUCCUACGAGCUGCAGAUACGAUGGGAUGGCAGUGCCUACGGUGCAGAGUAUCCUUGCAGCGUGCAGUCCUGUCUCGCCGAUGGCAUUCGCUUCAUCGACAGCGACAGCUUCAGCGGCAGCCUGGUCAAGGGCUUGCGCUACGCCAAUCUGGUGUAGCUGCGGGGUGCAGGGCGCCUGCGUCGCUCUCGUUUCUAGUUAGGCUUAUUCUUAAUCAUUGUGUAUUUAUUGCCGUAAGUUAAUGUACGCUGCGUCGGAGUUCAUUAAACUUUCGAAAACGCU